CUAAGAAAGACUGCCCUUUCUGGAAGUUGCAGACUGUGACAUAUAAAAGCUGUUAGCUGCUCCUGCAGCCAGCAGCAUUCAAACCUUGCAGAGUUUUGCUCUCUGAGUUUGUAAUAAGACACACUCUUACAAGAGUUCAUGCUACAACCUAGCAAAGAACUUUAAAUUUUUGGAAGAACAAUAUAUUCAUUUUGGCAUUGUGCAGAGACCCUAACUCUACCUUUCUGCUUUAAAGCAAACUCGGUGGCCUCUUCUCCACCCCUCAAAAUGAUAGCAAUCUCUGCAGUCAGCAGCGCACUCCUGUUCUCCCUUCUCUGUGAAGCAAGUGCAGUCGUCUUACUCAAUUCCACUGACUCAUCCCCGCCAACCAAUAAUUUCACUGAUAUUGAAGCAGCACUAAAAGCACAACUAGAUUCUGCGGAUAUCCCUAAAGCCAGGCGGAAGCGCUACAUUUCGCAGAAUGACAUGAUCGCCAUUCUUGAUUACCAUAAUCAAGUUCGGGGGAAAGUGUUCCCACCAGCUGCGAACAUGGAAUAUAUGGUUUGGGAUGAAAAUCUUGCAAAAUCUGCAGAGGCUUGGGCAGCUACUUGCAUUUGGGACCAUGGACCUUCUUACUUACUGAGAUUUUUGGGCCAAAAUCUGUCGGUACGAACUGGAAGAUAUCGCUCUAUUCUCCAGCUGGUCAAGCCAUGGUAUGAUGAAGUGAAAGAUUAUGCUUUUCCAUAUCCUCAGGAUUGCAACCCCAGAUGUCCUAUGAGAUGUUUUGGCCCCAUGUGCACACAUUAUACGCAGAUGGUCUGGGCCACCUCCAAUCGGAUAGGAUGUGCAAUUCAUACCUGCCAAAACAUGAAUGUUUGGGGAGCUGUAUGGCGACGCGCAGUUUACCUGGUGUGCAACUAUGCCCCAAAGGGCAAUUGGAUUGGAGAAGCACCAUAUAAAGUAGGGGUACCAUGUUCAGCUUGCCCUCCAAGUUAUGGAGGAUCUUGUACUGACAAUCUUUGUUUUCCAGGAGUAACAUCAAACUACCUAUACUGGUUUAAAUAAGCUUAUCUUUUCCUUCAGGAAAUAGAAUGGUUUCUGGGAAUAGGCAUAUAUAUAUAUUGAGUUUUGCACAUAGUAUACAUAUUUUAUAAUAAUCUUGUUUUCCUUUUAUUAUUCAUUGUAUAAAUUUGUGUUUGUCUAGUAUGUUUGCUUCAUCUUGAAGUAAUCAAAACAUCCAUUUCUAUCUUCUGAUCUCUAAGCCCAAAUUAAAAUACUGUAGAUAUAGUAUUGACAUAGUUGAUGCAUCCAAUCCCAAAACUUGCUUUCCAAAGGAAUUAUGUUAUGUUUGUAAGGAAUAAAAUAUAUACUUGACUUAUAUGUAGUGUGCGUGUAUAUAUAGAUACAUAUAUACAUAUAUGUAUCUUUAUAUACACGCACACACAUAUAAUAGAUGAUGUAACGCAGACAAUAACGUGAUUUAGUAGUUAACUUGAGGGAAAUUUUUAAAAACACUAUUCUGAAAUAUAUAUGAGGUGGUGGGACAUCUUCAGUACCCAUUUCUAUAAUUCCUACAAAGUGAUAAAUUGCAAAUAAUACUCAGUGAUAUCUGGACAUAAUAAUUUAAUUGAUCACCCAAGAUUUCAUUCUGGAGGUAUAUUUUGUCUUAUUUGGGUUCACCAAAGGAUAUGCUCAACUUAUGUAAGUGUCAAAUCAUGCUUUUUGUUUAAUCACUUUUAUUGAAUCAGUUAAUCAUGUGUCGAGUGCUUACUGUGUGCAAGGCACUCUGCUCGUUAUGUUCUGAAAAUGCAAAGAUAACGAGAUACAGUUCCUGCCUUCAAGAAGCUCACAAAAAUAUUCAGAAAAUAAUGCAGUUAAUGAUUUUGCUAUAAAUUUACAGUUUUUUUUUUAAUUGAUUUUAAUGUAAGCUUGAGGAAGUAGAUGCCACCAUGCUCACCUGUUGGGGGAAUAGGUGGUAAGACACCCAGUAUAAUAUGUGAGGCUUCUGAUUAGCAUGAAAAUGUAGCUACAAUGCUUGGAACUAAAAGAGGCAGGACAAGAAUUAACUGCCCAGGGAUUACUGUAUUAGAGUAAAUAGUUGUGACUUUGGAAGACAGAAAACAAAACGCGGAAAAAAUUCUGAGAAAGCCCAAGAGAAUUAAGGUAUGAAGUCACAGAAAUACAGUUACUGCACAAAAAAAUAUAGGCGGAGAGCUUCAGAAGGGCCUAUCCUGAGAGUGUAGCAUAUCUUGAGGCCCGUCAGCAGAGGGUAAAGGAUGCCAGAAAAAAAACAAAAACAAAAACAAAAACAAAAACAAAAACAAAAACUGGAGAGAUGCCAGGACACUUCUGUCUCUUUAUGUCAUUAUUUGGUGAGAAUCAAUCCAAUCACCAUGAGCCUUUGAGCAUCACAUUAAAGAUCCUGCACGCACACCAUAGUUAUGGCUUUGCAGAGUAGCCCUCUUCAGAUGGUUAGCUAAGGACUACUUACCAAAUCUUAUUUCUAUGUCUGUGAAGAAGAAUAAUUUUCAGUCCUCCAUUAAGUUUGAUUGUGGAAGUCCAAUCAAAGUCACUAUGAAAAUUUCACUCAUAUGAUUUUGGAAAUGCGGUGUUUCCUCAUUCAGGAAACCGCUUUAGAGAGAAAAAGUCAACAUCUGGGUCAAGACACUUAUAUUAAUUUUAUGUGUGUGGUGGGGGUGAGUGAGUGAGAGAGACAGGGAGAGAAAGAGAUUCAAGUUAUGUAAAGCUUCCAUAGAGUUACAGAGUAAGCAAACAGCGUUAGUUCCAGAGUGCAAAUAACAGAAGGAAGCUACUUGUUUAAAAUUCUCUACACAUUUGCAGUUUCUUAGGGUGGAUGCACUGAAAGAUGAGUUAAUUAAAUCCAUUCAAUGAGGGAAAAAUCCACCAUCUGGAGUUUAGGUUUACAUGAUGACAAACAAUUGGCCUGAUUCCUUUUACAAAUUGAAUGUGGUGACCAAAUGUUUUCAUAUCAUAAUAUUCUGCUUUUGUGGGCACAUAUAUAGACUUUACUAAACAUAAAUAUGUUUGGAGACUAAAACGGAGAACAGAAGUAGUUGUAAGACUCGGCCCCCAGUCUAACUUUUAUCUAACUAAGGGCAAUUGGAGCAAAAAGUAAUUAGUGGGAUGUUUACUUGGUUUAUCUAGAAAGUAUUUCCAUCCUUCAUUUUCCUAUAUUAGUUCUACGGAAGUAGCAAAAGUACUAUUAAACAAAGAUGACUGUUCUUAGUUCCAGUUCUGUUGCUGGACUACUUGUGUGGCUUGGUUUCUCAGUUCUGAAAAAGAAUAAUGAUAUUUGCUACACAUUUCACAGAGAUUCCUAGGAGGCUAAAAUUACCAUAUUAAUAGAAAUUAAUGAAUAUGAAAAGCAUCAUUAACAUUAUGAAACUUAUUUGGGAUAAAAUUAAGUCUUAUGAGCUUCUCUUUGGCAGAAAUUUUGUCUGAUUCUUUGUGUUCA